GCGUGCAGCAGCAGCUGACACAGGUCGUCCACAUUCAGGCGACCAGGUCCGCCUUCGCUGCUCUUCGCGAGGAUGGAUCUGUGGUGGCUUGGGGUUCGCCUGGUGACGGCGGGGACUGCCAUUCCGUGGCUGACCGGCUGGUCGCUGUGUCUGAGAUCCAGGCAGCUCGCGGCGCAUUUGCCGCCCUCCUGGCGGAUGGCUCUGUUGUGUGUUGGGGACAAGAGGAUCGGGGAGGAAACUGCGCUGCAGUUCAGGAGCAGCUACUGGAUGUGCAGCAAAUUCAAGCUUGCUCAGACGCCUUCGCAGCGAUCCGUCGGGACGGAACUGUUGUCACCUGGGGCCAUCCACCGUGCGGGGGUGACAGCAGCUCUGUGCAGAGCCAGCUCAAGGAUGUUUGGAGCAUUCAGUCCACUGGCACGGCUUUUGUGGCGACGUUGCGGCUGUGUUCGUGGAGACUUGCGCACGGAUCAUGGACGGGGCUACAGGCAUCCCGCCUGGAUGCGCCAUGCAGCAUGGCCUGCAGCUUCUGGCGCCACGAACAUCCAGAGGAACAGCCGGAGCGGGACUUUCUCAACGUGAGAACUAGAGAUAUGUGCCCUUCGACAAUGCGAAUCCAGAGAUCGCCGCCCUUUUGGAGUUCUCAAUACUGCGGCGAAGCGACCAUGCAGACCGAAGUCGACGAAGCCCGAAUGCUGGUGUCUCACGAUGCGCCGACGAGGACGGUCGCCAAGGUCCCGCGGGGUGGAUCUGAUGGUUUUGCCGAAACCCGAAUCUUAGAAUUUAGGGUUUAG